AUGACGACGCGUCGAGAUGAGGAGGAGGACGACGACGACGACGACGGCGAGAUCGCCGCCGCCGCCGCCGCGACGCCUUCGACCCGCUCCGCGAGCUUCCCCACCACGAUCGUCAACCUGUGCAACUGCGCGGUCGGCGCUGGCAUCCUCUCCAUCCCCGACGGCGUCCGCGAGUGCGGCGCGGCGCUCGGCGCGGUCCUCGUCCUCGUCGCCGCAUCGCUCACGAUCUUCACCGUCGACGUCAUCGUGAAGCACGGCGAGCGUUCAAACGCGGACUCGUACCAAGCCCUCGUCCUCCGCGCGUUCGGGCCCGAGUUCGCGCACGUCGUCGGCGUCGCGCUGAUGCUCUUCGCGUUCGGGUCGUGCGUGGCGUACGUCGUCAUCGUCGUCGACGCCGUGGACGCCGCGACGAACGGAUUCCCGGGGCUCUCGCGUAUGCUUCGUCGUCGUCUCCCUCUCCCGCCGUUCGCACAACCCACGGGGAGGGUCGGCGUCGUGACGUUCGCGAGCGUCUUCGCGCUGCUGCCGCUGUCGCUGCUCCGGCGGACGAAGAGCUUAGCGCCCGCGAGCGCGCUCGCGGUCGUCGCGUUGGCGUUUACGGCGACGGUUGUCGUCGUGGACGCGGGCGAGAAACUCAUCCGCGGCGGCGAUGAGGGCGAAGGCGGCGGCGACGUCGUCGUCGCGUGGAAGCUCGGCGCCGGGGUCGUCCGAGCGCUGCCCGUGUUCGUGUUCGCGUUCCAGGUGCACGUGCAGGUGUUGAGCGUGUUCGCGGAGUUCCGCGACGAUCCGCGCGACGACGACGACGACGGCGGCGAAAACGAAAACGAAAACGAAAACGAAAACGGCGACGACGACGCCCGCCCGCCGCUCGCGCCGAUGGACGCGGACGACGCGUUCCCCGGGUUCGCGACGCCGCGGUCGAGCCUGUCGCCGUCGUCGUCGAUAGGGUCGCUGCGGACGCCGACGGCGACGUCGUCAUCGCGGCGUCGAAAUCGAAAUCGAAACCCAAAUCGAACCGCCGCGCAUUACGCGCACCCCGACGUCGAGUCGAACAUGCUCGAGAGCUACGACGAAAAAAACACGUGGAUCAUCACAUGUAAGCUCUUCAUGGGAGUAAACGCGAUCGGGUCGUACGCGAUGAACCACUUCUCGCACCGCGCCGCGCUCGACGACACCCUGUGCGCGAUGUUCGGGUGGACGAAGCGCGCGGCGGGGAUGGCGCCGCUCGGAAGGCACGUCUCGCAGACGAUAGCGUUCGUCUUCGCCACGGGCGUCGUCGCGUCGCUCGUGUCGGACCUCGGCGCGGUGUUCACGGUGGUCGGGAGCACCGCGGCGGUGCUGGUGAUCUUCGUCGUUCCGGGGUUGUUGUGCGCGCGACCGGCGUGGAGCGUCGUCGUCGCGCGGCGGCGAGCGGGAGCGCGGCGUCGCGGCGGCGGCGAGGGAGGCGAGGAGAGAGGCGGGAGCGCGCCGAGGAGGCUCCGGACGAAGGGCGCGAACGGCGCGUUGUCGUCGUUCACGGCGUCGUCGCACGAGGAGAUGCGCGCGGCGUUGUUACCGGGCGGCGGCGCCGCGCUCGGCGACGACGUCGACGAAGAGACCGGCGGCGGCGGCGGCGGCGUUCCGACGCUCACGCGCGAGGCGCUCUUCGAAGUCGCGGCGGGCGUCGGCCUCCUCCUCCUCGGCGCGUUCAUAUCGAUAUCGAACGUGUGGCUCAUCGUCGCGGAAGGCCGCGGCGCGGCGCCGCAUUAA